AUGGACGUGUGCCCCAAUCCUCAGGACAAAGUGUGCCGUGGCUGCGACGCCAGUAACCCAGGCCCUGACCACCAGUGCUCCCCCCGUUGCAAGCUGUGCGGGGGAACACACAUGACGGCGGAUUGCAACUGCCGCGCACGAUACAAGACCCCCUACGUCGUGACAAAGAGGCAAUGGGAACGACACAGGGCCGCCGAGGAGGCGGAAGAGGCCGCCAAGGCCACCAGCUCCGCCGGCAAGUCCCGCUCGAGAUCCAGGACCCGCAGCCGAGGCCGCUCCCGGUCCCGGAGCCGCACCCCGGACUCCCGGAAGCAACGCCGGUUGCGCAGCCGCACCCCCAGAAGGACCGCAACGAGAGACACCAAGACCACCGAGAAGGUGAGCUGGGCAGAUGCGGUCACCGGAAAACGAGCACCAACCGCGAAGGCUGGCGACAAAACACGCGCUAAGACAGAGACGGAGAUAGCUAAAUUAACACAGGCGAUACAAGCGCUGCAAAAGCAAAUAGAACACAUGCAGACACAGAUUCGCGCAAAAGACGAAUUCAUAGAACAACUCCAGCAUGCCGUGAAAAGCGGUACUGAUACAGAGGCCAUGCAGGAAACACAAGAAGAACUCAUAGAGGACGACGAGGUCGUAUGCCCCGACACUAAACGCCGACCCACUCCCACAGAGACCACACAGGAAACACAAGAAGAACCCGUAGAGGACGGCGAGGUCGAAUUCCCCGAUACUAAACGCAGACUCACUCCCGCCCUUACAGAAGCAACACGACGCAAGCGCACGCGCGCAGCGAUAUGCGACGCGCGAAUAGAGGCACUCGAGGCUCGCUUAAGCAAUCUCGAGGAAACCAUCAUCGCGUCCAUCACGCGUACCAUCUAG